AUGGUCAACAUAGUUCUGGCAACCUUUACUUCCCAGAUAUCCACCUGGUACCCAUUUUCAGGCUGGAUUGACCUGGCAGCAAGGUCAUUUUAUAAGGACAAUUUGAGUCGAUUCCAUUGGAACCUUCAUGCUGGAAAGCGAGCGUCCAGGUUCCACACCGUAACGGCUCAACGCGAUUCUGACACUUAUGUUUGCUCUCAGAUCAACGAUGAAAUAUUAAAUAACCUGUCCUUUGUUUACUUUUCAGUUCAGACAAACAGUUGUCUAGACAUGGAGAGGAAGGAUGCAGGGCCAGAUUUAAAGCUUCCACUCAGGAGAUACAGCGGUCUAGAAGGGCUGGAUUUACAGAACAUCGAGGGCGUUAAUUACUUCAAGUUCACACUUGGACAAGACCUCAAACACCUGCUUGACCUAGUUCGCAACUUGAACAUUAGACCUGAUGAUGUCAUCACAGUUGGAUUUCCUCGAUCGGGAAACCACUGGACCUUCGAGAUGGUAUCUAUGAUCCUCAGUCAGACAACGAACUUCGAACACGAUCAUUUCUACUCCAGAUUGAUCGAGUGUUUGGGCAGCAACGUAGCAUCUACUGUAGAAGGGAUUAAAUCGCCAAGGAAUAUGACAACCCAUUGCAGAAUGCAUCACAUCCCAGAGCAAGCCAUCGAGAAAAGAAUCAAGCUGAUUUAUGUCCUACGCAACCCGAAAGAUGUUCUGGUGUCCAUGUAUAACUUUGUAAGUAACUUACAGUAUGAAGGCAGCAGAUUCACAGGCAGCUGGAAUGAGUUCUUUGACCUGCAAAUGCGAGGCGAAUUUCCUUGGGGCUACUGGUUUGACCACGUUCUAGCCACAGAAAGAUUUCAAGUGAAACACCCGGACUCUCCGUUAUUUAUUCUCGUUUACGAGAAAGUUAAAGAACACGCUGUUGAGGAGAUUCAGAAACUGUGUGCUUUCUUGGACAUGCCAGAUGUGCUUUCAGAAAAGAUUGCCGGGAAAACAGAGUUCUCUAAAAUGAAAGUUGAACUCGGUGAUACUAAAAUGGCAAUUCAAAGUAGCAACCAUUUCCGAAACGGACCAGGUGACAUUUUAAGAAAAGGAAUUGUUGGCGAUUGGAAGAACUGGUUUACGGUGGCACAAAACGAGGCUUUUGAUAAACUAUUUGAGGAGAAGAUGUCUGGCUCUAAACUGGGAGACUUAGUGAGGCAGUAUAUAAAAUAG